CUGUUUUUACACCAUGGACAGGCGAAAGAAGGUGGUACGAGAGUUGAAGGGGUUACCCAAAUGCGACCUCACAGGCUUCCCUCAACACCUGGGCGAGGACCGUUGGUGGAACCAAGUGGUGGUGCGGUUGCACGCGCCCCGGAAAAAUGGGUGCCACCACUGCCACCGCCUCAUGGAUCACCGGUUAUCGGUAAGGGGAAAAGUGUCCUUUGCUUGUUUUGUUUUGUUGGUUGACUGAGCGUUUUUUUUGUGUCUGGGUUUCAGAUUGGCAUGAUGGUGGAAAUGGCGCGUCAGCCCCCCAAUCUCGACCGCCUGAUGAACGAAGGCAUUGCGUUUGUGAUUGACACAUUCAAACAUCGGAUCCCCCAGUGUCCCCUUGGACAACGCCCCGUCAUGAUUGGCAGGAGGAAGGCCUCGUACGAUACGGUGGACAAAGUGAUGAAGAGACUGGACUUGAUCAUGAAU